GGGAAUGGGGUGGAAAAAAGGAUAAGAGAUGGAUGGAUGGAUGGAUGGACGGACAGACAGAUGGACGGGAUGCAGUGGAAGAAAGGACAAGAGAUGAUGGAGAGGUGUAAAUAGAGGAUGAGGAAAGAUGGAGGAACUGAAGGAAGGGCGGGGAGAAAGAUGGGAGAGAGACAUCGGGAUAAGGGGAAGAUAGAGAAGAACGCCGAUGGAAGACUGGAUGGACUGAUGGGUGGAUAUAUAGAAAGGUAGACAGAUGGAAAGAGAGAGAGAUGGAAGGUGGACCUUUACACAAUGAGGGAUGGACAGACAGAUCUCGGGUACAGUGGAAACAUCUCCCCAAUAAAUGCCCAGGAGCCCUCUGGUCAGAGCAGGCCUUUCCUCCCAACCCCGGGCAGGUGGGCAUCGUUGGCAGGACAGGGGCCGGGAAGUCCUCCCUGGCCAGUGGGCUGCUGCGGCUCCAGGAGGCAGCUGAGGGCGGGAUCUGGAUCGACGGGGUCCCCAUUGCCCACGUGGGGCUGCACACACUGCGCUCCAGGAUCAGCAUCAUCCCCCAGGACCCCAUCCUGUUCCCUGGCUCUCUACGGAUGAACCUUGACCUGCUGCAGGAGCACUCGGACGAGGCUAUCUGGGCAGCCCUGGAGACUGUGCAGCUCAAAGCCUUGGUGGCCAGCCUGCCCGGCCAGCUGCAGUACAAGUGUGCCGACCGAGGCGAGGACCUGAGGUAUGGUCAUCCCACUGUAGCCAGAACCUGCAGGCGGGAGAGGAAGGGACGGCAGUGCCUUCCCCAGUAGGAUUAUCACUCUGUUCAUAACCACGUGUCUUAUCUGCAAUUUGAAGCUCUGACACAGUCUCUGAAUACUAAGAUUUCCCCCCCUAAAUUAAAUUAGCCUUCUAUAUUUAUUUGGUGGCAAAACCCAACCUCAACUGACACAGGGCUACUGAUAGCCUUUAUUACUCUUGCUCAGUAUUUAUUUUGCUAUGAAAAUAUUGUUUGAUAGUGGGUGGUAACCCCACCACUCACUGGGGUUAUAAGUAACAUAGGAAUUUUUUUUUUUUUUUUGGUAAAUGUGAAGUGUGGGCCGGG